AAGAGCAGGGGGAGGAGCUUCAGUGUCCGGCGGGUCGGGCUCAGGGAGUCCCGGACUGAAGCGUCCAAAGUUUCCGCGGCGAGCCGCUUCUGCUCCUCUCUGCUCCAGACAAACGGACCUCGGUCGGAUCCAGACGCGCAGCCGCGGCGCACCGUGAGCAGGACGCAGAGUGUGACCAGGCGGGCUUUGACUGUUCCCACCGGAUGAAAACUCCCGAAACAAAGAGUGAAUGUGACGGAGGGCAGGAGCAUCCCGCAGCGGCUGGCAGGAAUGAAGAGGAUGCGCUGAAACUCUCACAAACUUUUACCUUGGAAUGAGUUGGAUCAGCGUCCACACCGGGAAUCCUCUGGGAUUAAAAUAAAGAGGAGCGAUGGAUAACUUCUUCACAGAGGGGGAUCGGGUGUGGCUCCGGGAGGAGGAGCAGUUCCUCCCCGGCUGCGUGUCUUCCUGCUCUGGAGGCGUCGUCGUCUUCGCCACAGACUACGGCCAGGUCUACACCUACAAGCAGAACGCCCUCACCAGGCAGAAGGUGCAGCCCAUGCACCACAGCAGCGUCAGAGGCGUGGAGGACAUGGCCACGCUGGAGGACCUUCACGACGGCGCCAUCAUGCACAACCUCUACCAGCGAUACCAUCAGAGGCAGAUCUAUACGUACAUCGGCUCCAUCCUGGCCGCGGUGAACCCGUACCAGCCGCUGCCCGGCCUGUACGACCGGCCCACCAUCGAGCUCUACAGCCGCCACCACCUCGGCGAAAUCUCUCCACACAUCUUCGCCGUGGCCAACGACUGCUACCGCUCGCUGUGGAGGAGGCAGCAGAACCAGUGCGUCCUGAUCAGUGGAGAAAGUGGAGCUGGUAAAACCGAAAGCACCAAGCUGAUUUUGAGGUUUCUGUCCGCCAUGAGCCAACACUCGCUGGAGGUUUCCUGCAGAGACAAAACGUCGCACGUGGAGGAGGCGCUGCUGGAGAGCAGCCCCAUCAUGGAGGCCUUCGGAAACGCCAAGACCGUCUACAACAACAACUCGAGCCGCUUCGGGAAGUUCGUCCAGCUGCAUUUCAAUCAGAAGGGAAACAUCCAGGGAGGAAGAAUUGUUGACUAUCUGCUAGAGAAAAAUCGAGUUGUUCGGCAGAACCCAGGAGAGAGAAACUAUCACAUCUUUUACGCCAUAUUAUCAGGAGCCAACAACCAGCAAAGAGAGGCGUUUGGGUUGACGCGUCCUGAAAGCUACCACUACCUGAGACAGUCCAACUGCAUGGAGGAUAAGACAAUCAACGACAGCGGCACCUUUCAGGACGUUCUGAACGCGAUGCAAACCAUGCAGUUCACAGAGGAGAACAUCAGGGAGAUCCUGCGCCUCCUGGCGGGGAUUCUCCAUGCAGGAAACAUCGAGUUCAUGACGGCUGGAGGCGCUCAGGUCGCCUCCAAAUCAGCUCUGAGUUGGACGUCUGAACUUCUGGGCCUGAACUCGGAUCAGCUGGCAGAAGUCCUGACUCACCGCUCCAUGAUCCUCAGGGGGGAGGAGAUCUCCACGCCGCUAACAGUCGAACAGGCGGUGGACUCCAGGGACUCCAUGGCCAUGGCACUUUAUUCCCAGUGUUUCAACUGGAUCAUUCACAAGCUGAACCACCGCAUCCGGGGCAAGGAGGACUUCAAGUCCAUCAGCAUCCUCGACAUUUUUGGAUUUGAGAACUUUGAGGUGAACCGCUUUGAGCAGUUCAACAUCAACUAUGCAAACGAGAAGCUUCAGGAAUAUUUCAAUAAGCACAUUUUCUCCCUGGAGCAACUUGAAUACAACAAAGAGGGCCUGGUUUGGGUCGACAUCAACUGGAUGGACAAUGGAGAGUGUCUGGAUUUGAUUGAGAAGAAACUGGGUCUCCUGGCGCUGAUGAACGAGGAGAGUCACUUCCCCAAAGCCACAGACGACACCUUACUGGAGAAGCUCCACAGCCAGCACUCGAAAAAUCCAUUUUAUGUGAAACCUCGUGUUGCUGUGCACCUAUUCGGAGUCAGACAUUAUGCAGGAGAGGUGGUGUAUGACGUGAGGGGGAUGCUGGAGAAGAACAGAGACACGUUCAGGGAUGACAUCCUCAACAUGCUGAGAGAAAGCAGGUUGGAUUUUGUCUAUGAUCUGUUUGAACACGUAUUGAGCCGAAACAAGCAGGACACGCUGAAGAGCAGCACCAAGCACAGACGGCCCACCGUCAGCUCCCAGUUCAAGGACUCUUUGCACUCCCUGAUGGCCACCCUGAGCACGUCCAACCCGUACUUCAUCCGGUGCAUCAAGCCAAACACACACAAGAUGCCUGACCAGUUCGACCAGACGGUGGUUCUGAACCAGCUCAGAUACUCCGGCAUGCUGGAAACGGUGAAGAUCCGGCGCAGCGGCUUCCCGGUCCGCAGAUCCUUCCAGGACUUCUGCUCCAGGUACAAAGUCCUGAUGAGGGGCGUCCUGACUCCAGAUGACCCCAGGGGGCGCUGCAAGCAGCUGCUGCACCUCUAUGACAGCAGCAGUGCAGAUUGGCAGCUUGGCAAGACCAAAGUUUUCCUUCGAGAGUCUCUGGAGCAGCGGCUGGAGAAGCAGAGGGAGGUGGAGGUGCUGAAAGCAGCCAUGAUCAUCCAGGCCCACGUCCUGGGCUACGUGGCCCGGAAGCAGUACAGGAAGCUGCUGCAGUGCAUUGUGGUCAUUCAGAAGAACUACCGGGCUUUCUACUGGAGGAGGAAGUUCCUGCUGCUCCGCUGGGCCGCGCUCACCUUCCAGAAGCGCCUGCGGGGCCAGCUGGCCCGCCGGGCCGUCGGCCGCCUGCUGGACGAGAGGAGGAAGAGGAAGGAGGAGGAGGAGCGCCGCAGAAAGAUGGAGGAAGAGAUGGAGAGAGAGAGACUGAGACUGGAGGCGGAGCGACGCGCCAAAGAGGCUGAGGAGGUUCUGCGACUGGAGGAGCUGCAGCGCACCAUGGAGCUGCAGCGCACCAUGGAGCUGCAGCGCACCAUGGAGCUGCAGCACGCCCAGGAGCUGCAGCACGCCCAGGAGCUGCAGCGCGCCAUGGAGCUCACCUCUCUAGUUUUUACUCAGUCUCAGCUGGAGGAAGCAGCUGCAGCUUUACCCGAAACACCGGAGGAGCUGGAGUCGGUCUUCGAGGAGGCCGCCGAGGAGGAGGAGGCGAUCCGCCCCCAGGAGGCGUCCCAGGUGGAGGAGAUCCUCCGGCUGGAGCGAGAGAUCCAGGCUCUGCAGAGACAGAAGGAGCAGCAGGAGCUGUCCCUGACGGAGGCGUCGCUCCACCGCCUGCAGCGCCUCCGGGACCAGGAGCUGCAGCGGCUGGAGGACGAGGCCUGCAAGGCGGCGCAGCAGUUCCUGGACUCGCUCAACUUCGACGAGAUUGAUGAGUGUGUGAGGAACAUUGAGAGCUCCCUGGGCGUCGGGGAGGAAGAGGAGAAGGAGAACGGAGGGAGAAGAGGCAACGACGAAGAGGAGGUUGAUGAAGGGUUUGGAGCCGACGACGAGGCUUUCAAAGACUCUCCCAACCCCAGCGAGCACGGCCACUCCGACGGCCAGCGGACGAGCGGAAUCCGGACGAGCGACGAUUCCUCUGAAGAAGACCCGUACGCCAACGAUGUUCCGAUCCCGGCGAUGCCCCUCACCACCCUGCUCCACCAGCCGCUGCCUCCGUUACCGCCAGCCGCCCACAGCGUCUCGUCCAGCGGCGACUCCGCCUUCUGCCACCCGCAGGCGUCAUCCGAGGCGCCGUCCGACGACCUGGUGGAGCUGAUUCCUCCAGACGAGGACUCGGACUACGACCAGGACGACUACGACGAGGGCGCCAUCGUGUCCAGCGGCAGCGUGGCGUUCUCCAGCUCCCGCAGCGGGCAGUGGUCUCCGGAUUACCGGGGCUCCGUGGGAACGUACAACGGCUCAGGGGCUUACCGCUUCAGCUCCGAAGGCGCUCAGUCGUCGUUUGAGGACAGUGAAGACGACUUUGACCGGUUUGACACAGACGAUGAGUUAUCGUAUCGACGGGACUCGGUCUACAGCUGCGUCACUCUGCCGUACUUCCACAGCUUCCUCUUCAUCAAAGGGGGCCUGAUGAACACGUGGAAGCGGCGCUGGUGCGUUCUGAAGGACGAGACCUUCCUGUGGUUCCGGGCCAAGCAGGAAGCUCUGAAGCAGGGCUGGCUGCACAAGAAGGGCGGCGGCUCCUCCACGCUGUCCCGCCGCAACUGGAAGCGCCGCUGGUUCGUGCUGCGGCAGAGCCGGCUCAUGUACUUUGAGAACGACAGCGAGGAGAAGAUGAAGGGAGUGCUUGACAUGCACAGUGCCAAAGAAAUCGUUGAUAACACGGGUAAGGAGAACGGUAUCGACAUCGUGAUGCCAGAGAGGACCUACCACCUGAUCGCAGAGUCUGCUGAGGACGCCAGUCAGUGGUUCAGCGUGCUGAGUCAGGUCCACGGCUCCACAGAACAGGAGAUCAGCGAGAUGCACGACGAGCAGGCCAAUCCGCAGAACGCCGUGGGAACGCUGGAUGUGGGCAUGAUCGACUCGGUUUGUGCGUCAGAUAAUCCAGAAAGACCAAACUCCUUUGUCAUCAUCACUGCGGAGCGGGUUCUGCACUGCAACGCCGACACGCCCGAGGAGAUGCACCACUGGAUCACUCUGCUGCAGCGCUCCAAAGGAGACGCGCGCGUCGACGGGCAGGAGUUCAUCAUCAGAGGCUGGUUGCACAAAGAGAUGAAAAACAGCACCAAGGCUUCGCUGAAGCUGAAGAAGCGCUGGUUCCUGCUCACCCACAAUUCCCUGGACUACUAUAAGAGCUCCGAGCGGAACGCCUUGAAACUGGGAACGCUGGUUCUGAACAGCCUCUGCUCCGUGGUGCAGCCCGAUGAGAAGCUCUACAAGGAGACCGGAUACUGGAACGUGAUCGUCUACGGGCGGAAACACUCGUACCGGCUCUACUGUAAGCUGCUGAACGAAGCCACGCGUUGGGCCAGCUCCAUCCAGAACGUCAUCGACACCAAAGCUCCCAUCGACACGCCGACCCAGCAGCUCAUCCAGGACAUCAGGGAGAACUGUCUGAACUCGGAGGUGGUGGAGCAGAUCUACAAGAGGAACCCCAUCCUCCGCUACAGCCACCACCCGCUGCAUUCCCCGCUGCUGCCGCUGCCGUACGGAGACAUCCAGCUGAGCGCGUCACGGAGUCGGAGCUACACCACCCUGCAGGACGAAGCCCUCCGGGUGUUCGGCUCCCUGCAGCACCUGGACGGCGUGGCCGACCCGGUCGCCAUCAUCCAGGGCAUCCUGCAGACGGGCCAGGAGCUCAAGCCGCUGCGCGACGAGCUCUACUGCCAGCUGAUCAAGCAGACGGCCCGGCCGCCGCAGCCCGGCGGCCCGGGGAACCUCUGCAGCUGGAAGAUCCUGGCCUGCAUGUGCUGCACCUUCAUGCCCUCACGGAGCGUCCUCAGAUACCUGAAGUUCCACCUGAAGAGGACCAGAGAGCUCUUCCCCGCCUCAGAGAUGGACCGCUACGCCGCCUUCGCCUUCGACUCCUUGAAGAAGACUCGGUCCAGGGAGAACGUGCCGUCGCAGGAGGAAAUCCGCUCCAUCGUGGCCCGGCAGGACAUGAGCACCACAGUGCACUGCCACGGCGGAGGCUCCUGCAAGAUCACCAUCAACUCACACACCACUGCAGGGGAGGUGGUGGAGAAGCUGAUCCGCGGCCUGGCCAUGGAGGACAGCAGGAACAUGUUCGCUCUGUUCGAACACAACGACGCCUCAGAGAAAGCCAUCGAGAGCCGGACCGUGGUGGCCGACGUUCUCGCCAAGUUUGAAAAACUUUCAGCCAGCUCAGAGGAAAGCAACACGGGCUGGAGGCUGUACUUCAAACUGUACUGCUUCCUGGACACGGACGGCGUUCCCAAGGACAGCGUGGAGUUCGCCUUCAUGUUCGAACAGGCCCAUGAGGCAGUGAUCCAGGGCCACUAUCCGGCCCCGGAGGAGACGCUCCAGUUCCUGGCCGCCCUCAGGCUCCAGUACCUCCUGGGCGACCAGAACCCCCAGAGCACCGUGCCCGAGAUGUCCCAGGUGUUCCCCAUGGCUCGACUGCGGACCCGGGUCCAGAACUCGGCCAAGACGUUUUCCGGCGCCGGCUCUGUGGCGGAGCGUUCGGGGACGGCGGAGCGGAAACGCUCCAGCUUCCUGGAGGGAACGCUGCGGCGGAGCUUCCGGAGCGGCUCCCUGAGCCGGCAGAGGCUGGAGGAGGAGAACAGCCUGGAGGCCUGGCUGAGGGAGGAGGCGGCCGCCGUCCGGACCAGCGUCCUGGACAAGUGGAGGAAGCUGCAGGGCGUGAGCCAGCAGCAGGCCAUGGUCAAGUACAUGGCGCUGGUCAAGGAGUGGCAGGGCUACGGAUCCACGCUCUUCAACGUGGAGAGCCGUGACGGCGCCUUCCCGGCGGAGCUGUGGCUCGGCGUGAGCCGGGAGUCCAUCUCCGUGUACAAACGCGGCGAGCCGUGGCCCCUGGAGGUCUUCCCCUACGAGCUCAUCCUGUCCUUCGGCGCGCCGCUGCCCAACGCCUACAAGAUCGCCGUGGAGGGCCGGGAGCUGGUGUUCGAGACCCAGAUGGUCAUGGACAUCGCCAAGCUCAUGAAGGCGUACAUCAGCAUGAUCGUGAAGAAGCGCCACAGCAACAGUCAGUCGGUCAGCAGCCAUGAGAGCAAAGGCAGCGCCUGGUGAAGCCGGACGGAGCCUCAGGGGCCCGCAGGCCGGAGCAGGGCCAGAACCGAACCCAGAACCGAACCCAGAACCGAACCCGAGUCGAGAUGAAACCCGCUCCUUCCUCAGAUUAUAUGAAAUAGGUGUCAAAUGUUUGCGCUGCAAUGUUUUUUUGUGUCGUUAUAAUUUUUAAGAAAAAACUAGUUUCCAUAAAUAAAGUUUCCAUUUUUAUCCCAACAUUAAAUCAAACAAAAUGGAUGUAAUAGAAUAGAAUAGAAUUACUUUAUUCAUCCCAGCAGGGAAAUUAUUUCGCA